CAACGCCCCUCAGCCAAUCAGAAGUGAUUACCGAUGCUUCAGAUGGCACCAAACUUUUCAGUAUCUGCUGCAGUGCUCUGAAGGUAUCUGAAACAACAUGGGGAGGCUGAGUUUUUAUGUGCUUUGUUCCCUGCGUGAUGCUCCCCGUCAGUUCAUCAGGAAAUCCAACCGAAGUUGUUUUCAGGUCCACAUCCCACUGCCUCUCCCCAAACACCUGGUCAUCUUCGGUCUUGGAGAAUGGAAAAUCAGCGAGACCACAAUCUCGGUAGAUGUUCUGGUCAGUGCAGAAGUACCAGCCCAGAAGAUUGGGACUUUGUCUCCCAAAGAGAGGUGCCUGAUCUGGGAGGGGGACUGGAGCCCUGACAUUGUCACAGUGGCAGCAGCGAGAGGCAGGAGAGGAGUUUAUGGCAAGAUUGUGCUCACAGUGUGUGGAGAGACUUGUGACCAGCCCCAGGAUAAAUCCAGCGUCUUCAGCAGCACUCCUCUGAUUCAAAGGACAUUUAGAAUGCCAGAACAGCACGAUACCACUGAUCUCUCUUGCACGUUACCCCAAAGCGCUGGAAAUGAAACGAUAACUACCAACUCAUCACAAUUGUUGGCGGAUAGUGUUUGCUCUGAUGCUGACAUUCAAGUUAAUAGAAUUGACACCAGUGAGUCCACUAUUGAAGAUAAACCCAGAGUUUGGCCUACGGAUAAGACACCCAGACGGACAGUUAUCGGUAAGAGAGGCUGCCUGACAUGGAGCACUGAGGACGCGGAGAGCCUUGCGGAGGACGCAGACCAGCCUUCAUCCCCAAAGAAAAUCAGGCUGUCCAGGAUGAACAGCACGGAGGAAAUGACUGUGCCGAUAAAGAAUGACAACAGAGAAGCUUCAGUGUGUCCAUCAAUGCGCUGGAGCCAUACGAUGUGUCUGAGCGACCCUGACACAGCCAUCCUCAUCGGAGGGGAGACAGCAGGUCAAAACCACUGCAAGGACUCCCUGUGGAAACUGGAGUUAGACAGUGACUUCUGGUUCCCCAUGAACUCCUCCUCCUCUGGAUCCGUGCCACUAUGUGCCCGAGGACACUCUGCGACCUACGACCCAGACUCCAAGUCAGUGUUUGUUUACGGUGGUCUGAGGGAGGGUCAGCGCUACAAUGAGCUCUACAUCCUUAACACUCUGACCUGGACGUGGAGGCUUGUCACUGCAAAGGGGAGUGUUCCAAAUGUGGCGUAUCACUCGGCAGCCUUUUACAAGAAAGAGCUGUUUGUCUUCGGUGGAGUUCAGCCGAGCCAUUCUUCUGUGGAUAAAUCCUGCAGCAAUGUUCUGUACAUCUUUAACCCAGAGUUUGAACUCUGGUACCAGCCGAUUGUGGAUGGGGACAGACCUCUGCCUCGGUUUGGGCACUCGGCUACACUGCUGUCAAAUAAGUUGAUUAUAUUUGGUGGACGGAAGACUGCUACCUACCUUAACGAUCUCCAUGUUCUAGAUCUGGGCCUCAUGGAGUACACAGCUGUGAAGAGUAGGAAUAUGCCACCGCUGCCCCGAGGAAACUGGCUAAGGAACCAUUAUGCUUCACAUACAAAUGGUCCUUGCCUUUACAUGAACAGGUUUCAUGCAGCUCUACCAGUUUCAGACGACAGGAUUUUAGUCAGUGGAGGUUGCAGUGCAAUUGGAGCUCUGCAGGAUGUCCAUAUCUUCAACACUAAGACCAACAUGUGGAGCUCAGUGGCGUCUCCCCUGCUGUGCUCCAAGCCUCGUGCAGGACACAGCAUGAUAAAGUUGGGCUGCUCCAUCCUGACAGACGCAGAGAACAAGGAAAAUGUCAGGGUCCACUGCAGAGUGCUCGUGUUCGGUGGAUCAGACUGCUCCGGUACCUUCUACAAGGACACAGUCAAGUGCACAUUGGAGAUCCCUGGGGACAAGUGAUGGGAAGAAACCCAUUCGGGACCAUUUCUUCUUCUUUUUUUUUUUUUAAACGGUAGAGGAUGCUGUGGUCUGCCAUGACAGAAAAAUAUGUUUCUGCAGGUGUUUGUAUCUACAAGUUAUUUUUCUAUUUGGUUGUUUGUCUUUACUUCAUAUAAUGUAAUUGUUGCAUGAUGUGAUCUUCUGCUAUUGUUCCUUUUUUUUUUUUGUGUCUUUUUAAAAACAUACAUACCUCUUUCAGUCAAUACUCUCCAAGCAGUAAACUUAGAGGUUUUGAACUUUGAAUAACAAAUAUCUCUGCUCUGCAUGUUUUGCACAUUACUUAAUGUCCUCUACCUUGUCUCCACAUAUCAAUAUUUAUUUGAGGGUAAACUGAUGGACUGGGUACAAUGGAUAAAAUCAAAAUGUAUAUGAAAUGCCAAUAAAUAUUUUUUUAACUCAAA